AUGGAAGGCUCCAAUGGCUUUGGGAUCGACUCCAUUCUCUCCCACCGUGCGGCCAGCCCCGCCCUUCCCAAGGGGGACCCCUUGCUUGGGGACUGCCGCUCGCCCCUGGAGCUGAGUCCGCGCUCGGAGAGCAGCAGCGACUGCUCUUCACCAGCCUCACCAGGAAGGGACUGUCUGGAGACGGGCACCCCGCGGCCUGGCGGGGCAUCAGGCCCAGGUUUGGACUCUCACCUGCAGCCUGGGCAGCUCUCGGCCCCAGCCCAGUCGCGCACCGUGACCUCCUCCUUUCUGAUCAGGGACAUCCUUGCCGACUGCAAACCACUAGCGGCCUGUGCACCCUACUCUAGCAGCGGGCAGCCGGCCGCCCCUGAGCCUGGGGGCCGUCUUGUGGCCAAGGCUGGGGAGGACUUUAGAGACAAGCUGGACAAAAGUGGCAGCAACGCCUCAUCGGACUCUGAGUAUAAAGUGAAGGAGGAGGGCGACCGCGAGAUCUCCAGCUCCCGGGACAGCCCCCCUGUGCGCCUGAAGAAGCCGCGCAAGGCCCGCACGGCCUUCACCGACCAUCAGCUGGCGCAGCUGGAGCGCAGCUUCGAGCGGCAGAAAUACCUGAGCGUGCAGGACCGCAUGGAGCUCGCCGCUUCGCUCAACCUCACCGACACGCAGGUCAAGACCUGGUACCAGAACCGCAGGACUAAAUGGAAGCGACAGACGGCAGUCGGGUUGGAGCUGCUGGCGGAGGCGGGCAAUUACUCAGCGCUCCAGCGGAUGUUCCCGUCGCCUUAUUUCUACCCGCAGAGUCUAGUUUCCAACCUGGAUCCCGGCGCCGCCCUGUAUCUGUACCGCGGGCCCAGCGCGCCGCCGCCCGCCCUGCAGAGACCUCUGGUGCCCCGCAUCCUCAUCCACGGACUCCAGGGCGCCAGCGAGCCGCCCCCGCCGCUGCCCCCGCUGGCCGGCGUCCUCCCGCGCGCCGCUCAGCCUCGGUGAAGCGCCCGGCCGCCUCCCCGGGGCUCUGCGUGGGCCCCUGCCGCCUGCCGCUCCCCGGGCGCGGGGCUUCCACGCCCCUUCCCCGGGGGGCCCCCUGGCCGGCCCUCCCUGGAGUCCCCCGA